GCUUCUCUCCCCUGAGUAGCUGAGAUUACAGGUUUCAACCACUGCACUUGACUGCCACCCUGUUUUGAUGGUUGGUUUGCUUGACUGUCUCCUCCACUGAACCUGACCAGGAUCAUGGUUUGGCCCCUGUCUGUUGCUUCCCACAGGGCUGAUACAUCUGUGUGCACACAUGCAGGUGAAGACAGCUGAGUGCUGGAGUGGGAAGACACACUGUCCCAGACGUGAAAUUCUUUCCUUAGGAUGGUUACUGAACAGGCCCAUCCAGGUGCUCAGAAUCAGUAGGGCACCUUUCCAACCAACACAUAGUCCCUCCCUGCUCCACACCUCUUUAGCCAGUAUCUUCAGGGAUGUGCCAGGCACAAGAAUUUGAGCAAAGUAUCUCAUGUACAUUUGAUACAUUGCCCUUCCUGAGCCCCAAGUGACCCAAUCAGGAUGGAAGCACACCUGGGUGUCUGAUAUUUUUACUUUGCAUCUUUCUAGAAAAGAGAAAGCACUGAAGUGAGCCAUCAGGCCUUUUACAGCCUCUGGGAUAGAAAGGCAACAGUAAGUGGCUUUCUGAGCUCCAAGGACUGUUAUCCUGAAAACGACUGCAGGUGAUACCAGCAUAGACACAGUAUUCAUCUGUGGAAGGAUAUUGCCAUAGGCCCACUUCUGCAGAGCCUCCUCCCAUGAAGAUGGCAUACAAAUGCCAAUUAUUGGUGUUGACUCCAGGCAAAGGCUGCCAUAUGGGAAUCUAUGAUUUCCACUUGCUUCUAGGAGCAUUUCUUCAGGCAUCCUGCUCAGAACAGCCUGUGUGGACUUGGUCUGCAGACCCUGACAGCCCUUUCAUCCUUUCCUGCUGCCUUGGGACAGCCUUGUUUGUGCACUGGGUCCUCCAAGCUGAUUCAGUCUGCAUCCUUUUACCAAAUGGACACAUGCGAGAUUAAAAAGCCCUCCAGAGGGAUGAGAGAAGGCAGGGGCAGGUGGGGUCCUAUGUCCUACCAUGUCCACAAAUGGGCAGUCCUCACCACAGCCUCAUGCUCAUGAGACCAGGCGUGGGCAGAAGCCUAACAACACAAGUAUAAGGGAGCAGCCAUUAGCACUAAUGAGGCAGGCGGCCUGAAAGCUUUUUACUCGGAAGCUGCUUGCCCACCCAGGGAACAGUCCGUCCGUUCAGCUCCCUUAGUUUCCAGGAACCCUGCGCAGAAAGGGAUUUGGGAACAGGAGAAGGGGGUGGGGAUCUUGGAGAAGCCUGGAGAGAGAAGAGGGAGGGAUGGCAGUCCAGAGAUGUAGGCAGAGGGCCUGUUUUUGGCUAGGUGAGCUUCUUCCACUCUUCUCUCCUCAAAGAAACCCAAGGUCUAGUUCUGUACCCCAUCCUUGUACCACAAUAGCCACUAGCCCAUCACUCCCUUCAAUGCCCUUGACCCAAGUUCCUGGAAACAAAGGAAACAACAUGCUUUAUAGGGGCUGAGUGAGCAUUUCCGGGGCCACAAAUUAAAUUAAACUCUCCUGGCCGCCUGCCUUGUUAUUGCUAAUGGCUCCAGCCCAGCGCAUCCCCUAGGUCCUGGUCCUAUGGAAAUUUUGGGAGCCUGGAUACCCUAUCUUGUUUCUAAAUAUUAAUUGGUUCCUGGAGGCCUCACCCAAAAUUGGAGAUGGCCACUCCUCUAGUAGAGUACCAAAGUCUUGAGUUCCAGUGAGUGAGCCUGAACUGUGCCCCCACCCUCUAAAGAGGGCCCCUCAUGCCUUAGCUGUAGGGUAGAGUCACGUGUGGGUCCUUCAUUAGACCCUGACAUAAAAGCUGAGGGAACAGUUGGCCAGGGACUCUCUAGGCAAGGACCAGCAAGCAGAGGUAAGUCCUCAGGUUGGGUGGAGAAUCCUACUUUCCAGACAUCUACAAGGUACUCCAAGGAUGAGGAAGGACUAAGUGGUGGGUUUUCCUAUGAGCCAGGCUAUGCUGACUGCAGUGCUGCUAAGCUGUGCCCUGCUGCUGGCAUUGCCAACCACGCUUGGGGCCCAAAUGGGAUUGGCACCCCUGGAGGGCAUCAGAAGGCCUGACCAGGCCCUGUUACCAGAGUUCCCAGGCUUAGGCCUGCAAGCUCUGCUGAAGAAGACGACUGCAGAACAAUCAGAAGAGGCUCUGCUACAGAAGGCAGAAGCUUUGGCGGAGGUAAGCACUCAGGGAAAGGGUCAGGCUGCAGAGGGGGCAUCAGGUACCACCCCUUCUCCCCACCUCUGGACCCCUUCAACAAGGGGCGACACAGCAGGGCACCCCUCCCUACACUCCAUUGCCAUCUUGCACAGCUUAGAGCAAGUGAGGUGCCUGAACCUGCCUUCAGAAGUUUGCGCUCACUCUCCUGUUCCCUUACCAAUGCAGAUGCUAGACCCGCAGAACCGUGAGCUCCGUUCCCCGCGCCGCUGUGUAAGGCUGCACGAGUCCUGCCUGGGACAGCAGGUACCAUGCUGUGACCCGUGCGCCACUUGCUACUGCCGCUUCUUCAAUGCCUUCUGCUACUGCCGCAAGCUGGGUACGGCCACCAACCCCUGCAGCCGCACCUAACAGGCUAACGUUUCAGCAAACGGGCAUACGAAUAAAGGAUGGGAUCAAU